AUGGCGUUCUGUCUGGCCUUGCGCGUGGCACUGCUGCUCCUCGCUGGGGUCCUGGCCCCUGCGGUGCUCACAGCCGAGGGCCCGCAGGAGCCCGCGCCCACGCUGUGGAACGAGCCUGCUGAGCUGCCCUCCGGAGAAGGUCCCAUGGAAAGCACCAGCCCAGCCCGGGAGCCUGAGGCCUCGGUUCCCCCCGGCGCCACCGCCCCGCCGAGCCCGGAGGACAGCACUGCACAUGAGCAUCUGGACCACAGCGGGGGCUCGCUGGGGCCCGGCGCCAUCGCAGCGAUAGUCAUCGCCGCCCUGCUGGCCACCUGCGUGGUGCUGGCGCUCGUGGUCGUUGCGCUGAGAAAGUUUUCUGCCUCCUGA